AUGCAGUCGGGACGGGAGGACACUUUGGAAGCGCGAUACGCUAUAAAAGUUUGUGUUAAACUUGAAAAGAACACUACGCAGACUUAUGAACUGCUUCAGACUGCUUAUGGAUUAUCUUGCAUGGGCAGAGAAUCCGUGUUUCGUUGGCACAAAAAGUUUAAGGGCGGCAGAGAGUCUGUGAGAGACGAUGAGAGGUAUGAGGACCGUCGAGAGUCAAUAGAGACAAUAAGUGAUAAGUUUGAAGUCAGUGUGGGAACUGUGCACAAAAUUAUUCAUGAUGAACUGAACAUGCGAAAGAUUUGCGCGAGGUUUGUCCCAAGGGUGCUCAGUGACGAACAGAAGGCAAGACGACAGCAGGUCGAGCUUAUCAGUUCAGAUCCAAGAGUACUCAUGGCUCUGGUGACCUGUGAUGAAAGCUGGAUCUAUUGCUAUGACCCGGAAACCAAGAGCCAGAGUUUCCAGUGGAAGCAUCCGGCUCCCCCACUCCGAAGAAGGCCAAACAGUGCAAGUCCAACCUGA